CGAAGUAUCAAGCCUGAUCAUGAAGACGGCUCCAACCAUGAAAAUUUUUGACUCCACCUUUAUCUUAUUUGUUGUACAAUUUUUAGUUUGCGUACAAGAAAUAAAUUCACAAACUACGGGAAUGACGUGCGAAUCCAUCUUGUUACCAGAGUAUGAUGGAUGCCCACCGUGGGAGGACGUGCCAACUUAUUUUCCGUACCCGUACGAUUGCAGGAAGUUCAUAGAAUGUGGGAACGGCGAUGCGAUUGUGCAAUGUUGCCCGCCCGGGACGAUUUGGGAUCAGGAUUUACUCGUCUGUAAUCACGAAGCAGUCACUCCCUGCGUCAUUGUUACCACGGUGGCAACGUCAACGUCCAACGCUCCUAUCUCAACCUCAACUACUCCAACUACCACCUCAACAACUACACCAACUACCACCCUAACAACUACACCAACUACCACCCCAACAACUACACCAAUUACCACCCCAACAACUACACCAACUACCACCCCAACUACACCAACUACCACUCCAACAACUACACCAACUACCACUCCAACCACCACUCCUACAACAACCUCAACUACCACUCCUACAACUACACCAACUACCACACCAACCACCACGCCAACUACCACACCAACCACCACGCCAACUACCACGCCAACUACCACACCAACCACCACACCGACCACCACGCCAACUACCACACCAACCACCACGCCAACUACCACUCCAACAACUACACCAACCACCACCCCAACUACCACACCAACCACCACUCCAACAACUACACCAACUACCACUCCAACAACUACACCAACUACCACCCCAACUACCACACCAACCACCACUCCAACAACUACACCAACUACCACACCAACCACCACGCCAACUACCACUCCAACUACCACCCCAACAACUACACCAACUACCACACCCACAACUACACCAACCACAACUCCAACAACAACGCCAACUACCACGCCUACAACCACCCCAACUACCACACCCACAACUACACCUACCACCACACCAACUACCACUCCAACUACCACACUAACUACCACUCCAACAACUACACCAACGACCACACCAACAACGAGUGAAGGGACAACUACGCCUUCCCCUAUUGAAGAAGGUUCAUCUUACUUGAUUAUUAAUACUGAAGCGAACAUGGCGUUGGACGUUUACAAUGCAAAUCUGACGGAUGGAAACCAAAUCCACAUAUUUAACAUAACCAGCGACUGUUCCAACUUGGCACAAGUAUGGAGGCUGGAAUUAAGAACGUCCGGCUCCACGACAACUUACAUAAUUCGAACCGCGUUGGAUGGUGUAACCACUCAAUGGCAACAUUGGAUGCAUAGCAACCGAACAACGCCGUACAUUAUGGCUGACCCCCCACUGGAUGAUGCUCACUGGUAUGUGCAGAGGGUACCCGGCACUGCUAUUUAUUGGAAUAUCCACAGCCGUUUCCAUGCAAAUGGCCAAAGUAGUCUUCACAAUACCGGUGCUCCCACUGACAAUGGGGGAAUGAGGCUAAACUUGGUGCAUUUAGUACCAACGGACCCUGCGCAAAUUUGGGAGUUUACCAAGUGCCAGGGUGGCUUAUUUAUAUAAGAUGAAGAACACGAGAAUCUAUCAUGCAGUUUAGAGCAUUAUUCUAAAAGGUGUUGAUUUAAUUUGUCCCCAUGAUAAAUAUUAGGCCUCAGACCGCAUUUAAGCAUAAUAUUGAAACACGUUAACAUUUUUUUGAAAUUUUACUACUCCUUGAUAUAAAAGUCCAAGCUUGUGAGCUACAAGCUUUAAAAUAUUUAUAGAAAAUCCGGACGAACUAAGUCGACACCUUUUAGACAUUAAAUUCGGCUUCUACUUCAAAUCGUCGAUUAUUAUUUUCGACAAACUUUAUAUUAUAUAUCUAUAAUGGUCCUUAACCAGCUCUUGAACGUUUUAAAUCCAAAUAAAGAUCAUACCAAAUAAUGUUCAACCAAA